GAAACAGUGAUGGCGCUGCUGUCAGCCGUCCUGCUUGUUGGCUGCGUUUCGACGUUAUGGCUCGCCGGGUUUUGCUCGGUGUGCUCGUCCGUCGCGAUCGCUUCCCUCUCAUGUGCGCUGCUUCUCUGGCUGGCCAGCCGUCCCGGGCGCUGCGUGUGCGUCCUGGUGCUGGGGGACAUCGGGCGCAGUCCGCGGAUGCAGUACCACGCCGCGUCCCUGGCCAGGCACGGCUACACCGUGUCGUUCGUCGGCUACCUCGGAACCAAACCUCACCGAGACAUCGCAGAAAAUAAGAAAAUAAAGAUCGUUCCUAUUUCCGAAAUGAGAGGGCUUGCAGUUGGGCCCAAACUCCUGCAGUAUGUUACCAAGGUGAUACAGCAGUCGAUGCAGCUGCUGUUUGUGCUGCUGAAGACUGGCGUCCACUCGCACGUGCUCCUGCAGAAUCCACCUGGCCUGCCCAGCAUUGCCAUCUGCUGGCUGGUCUGCUCCCUGACGGGCAGCAGAUUCAUCGUCGACUGGCACAACUAUGGCUACACCAUCAUGGCGCUCAGCCACGGGGACCACCACCCCAUCGUCACGGUCGCCCGAUGGUACGAGAAGUUCUUCGGGCGCCUGUCGAGCGACAAUCUCUGCGUCACCAACGGCAUGAGGGAUGACCUGCAGAGGAACUGGGGCAUUAAAGCUACGACGCUGUACGACAAGCCGCCUGCCAUGUUUCAGGAGGCCUCCCUGAAGGAGCAGCACCGGCUGUUUGUGAAGAUGAGCGAGACCCACAGCCCAUUCCAGCCCCGCGGCUGUUCUGCCGGGGACAGCGUGGAGCGGACCGCGUUCACGGAGCGUGAUCUCGCCACUGGCCGCGUGACCCGCAGUGCCAGACGGCCUGCCCUGUUGCUGAGCAGCACCAGCUGGACAGAGGAUGAAGAUUUCUCUGUUCUGCUGAAAGCUCUGGAAGAUUACGAGGCGUCGAUCAAGAGUGGGGCCACACUGCCGCCCCUUGUCUGUGUCAUCACAGGGAAGGGUCCUCAGAAGGAGCGCUACAGGAAGCUGAUCGACCAGUUAUGCUUCGCACACGUGCAGAUUUGCACGCCGUGGCUGGAAGCAGAAGAUUACCCCGUCCUCCUCGGUUCCGCUGACCUGGGCGUCUGCCUGCACACGUCCUCGAGUGGGCUGGACCUGCCCAUGAAGGUGGUGGACAUGUUCGGCUGCUGCCUCCCCGUCUGCGCCUUGCGCUUCCAGUGCCUCCAUGAGCUCGUCAAACACGAGGAGAACGGACUGGUGUUCGAGGACUCUGAGGAACUGGCACAGCAGAUUAAGGCACUGCUGUCAGAUCUCCCCAACGCACAGAGCCGGUUGGCCCGGUUCCGGAAAAAUUUACAGGAGAGCAGGCAGCAGCGGUGGGACGAGAGCUGGGACCAGACGGUGCUUCCCAUCCUUGCCAGCUGAAGACCCCCCCCCCCAUCCUAAGACAGGGGUUAAAAUCAGAAGGACUUGCAGUGACAGGAACCAGCACUGGGGGCCACCUCCAGCCCAGUAAAAGAUCAGCAUUCCACAGGAAAUAAACUUGAAUGUAUAAAAUGUAAAUAAAUACUUUAUUACACAUUUGGCUUCAUAAA